CUUAGUGGAGGAGGGCCCUGAGCAGGCGGGGCCUGGCGGGAGCUCCUCUGCCAUUGGCCCAGCCCAGGCUGCACCUGCCCGGAGCCGGCAGGCCCAUAGCACAAAGUCCGCGGGCCCAGGCCAAGGAGGCAGCAGUCCGUGGCAGUGCAGGUGGGUCCCCGCCCUCGGCCAGGCAAGAUGCCCCUGCGGCUGCGGAGAAAAAAGAAAUUCAAUACCAAGGAGACCUCCCGGCUGGUGGAGGGCGAGCAGACUAAUGCGGCUGGCGGCAGCCUACCCAGCCUCCCGGCGCCCACCUGCAGGCUGGUUUUCCACACGCAGCUGGCCCACGGCAGCGCCACGGGCAGAGUGGAGAACUUCUCCAGCAUCCAGGAGCUCUACGCCAAGAUCGCGAGCGUGUUUGAGAUUUCGCCGUCGGAGAUCUUAUAUUGCACUUUAAAUACACCUAAAGUUGACAUGGGAAAACUCUUAGGAGCACAGAUAGGUCUUGAAGAUUUCAUAUUUGCCCAUGUGAAAGGGAUCAAAAAAGAAGUGAAUGUGUAUAAAUCUGAGGAUUCCCUUGGUCUCACCAUUACAGAUAAUGGUGCUGGCUAUGCUUUUAUAAAGAGAAUUAAAGAUGGCAGCAUAAUUGACUCAGUUAAAACAAUCUGUGUGGGGGAUCACAUUGAAGCCAUCAAUGGAGAAACUAUCCUUGGGUGGCGUCACUUUGAUGUUGCUAAGAAGUUAAAGGAAUUAAAAAAAGAGGAACUCUUUACCUUGAAGUUAAUAGAACCUAAGAAGGCCUUUGACAUGGAGCCCAGGUCAAAAGCUGGAAAGUCAUCAACGGGAAGGAUUGGUACUGGAAGGGAGACACUUCGCCUGAGAUCAAAAGGUCCUGCCACUGUGGAAGAAGUGCCCUCUGAAACCAAAGCAAAGUCGAUUGGAAAGGUUGAUGAUCUUCUUGAAUUGUACAUGGGAAUUCGAGAUAUCGAUUUAGCUACUACAAUGUUUGAAGCUGGAAAGGACAAAGGUAAUCCGGAUGAAUUUGCUGUGGCACUUGAUGAAACCCUUGGAGACUUUGCGUUCCCAGAUGAGUUUGUCUUUGAUGUUUGGGGAGUCAUUGGUGAUGCCAAAUGAGGAUGAUUAUGAUGUGAAUGAUCGUCUCUGGAGGAAUGAAAAAAAAAAAGUUAAAAUCUGCUUUCAGACACUGUUAUGGACUCUGGCUUGUUUUAUGUGUAUGAAUACAUUCUUUUGAAAUAUAAUUUUGAUUUCUGGGCACUUUUUAAUGCAGUUGCAUAUGUAGUAUGCUUAAGAUAAAUUUCCUAAAACGUGAUCAAAUUUAA